AUGGAAACCUCUCCGGAGGAUCACGAUCUCGAGGUGAAGACCAUGGAUUCUAAGCCGCAAGAAGAAACGAACCAGGUCGCUGUGCAGAAGCGCAAGGCCUCGUCGCCAACGCCCCACGAGGACGUGGAUGCGAAUUCUCCGAAGAGGGCCAAGCUGGAUGACGGCCCAGCCAAGAACCACGACAAGCCUCCCACACGGUCGCCGGCGCCCAAAGAACCGAGUACGGACCGUCGAGAAAGUGCGGCGCAGGAAGAGAAGAAGCGCGGGAAGCGGUUAUUCGGUGGUUUGCUGAGCACACUAAGUCAAACCACUACCAACUCUCAGCAGAAGAGGCGACAUGAGAUUGAGCGACGACAGCAGGCAAAAGCCCAUCAGCAGCGAGCCGAAGACGACAAGCACAGAGAAGAGAAGCUCGCGAAGCUCAGGGUGGUGCGGCAGGUGGAGCAAGUGAAUUUCGACGAGCAGGUGAUGCGGACACGGCACUCCAACUUGCUUGCGAUGGCGCACCAUCUACAGACCAGAAGCAGACCCAAAAUAUACUACUUACCUUGGGAGCUCACCUCGAAGCAAGAAGACAUCAUCAAAGACCAGAUCCUGGGAGCAGAGGACGUCGUUGACAAAGAAGUCAUUGAGUUCAAGCAGCGUAAAUCGGAGAGGCUGAAAGCACUAGGUAUCACAGUCAGAUCCCCAACACCUGAACCCAAGGAGACAGUGGGUAGAUCUGAUGAUGAGCAACCUACUGACAUUCCCCAACCCGAACCUGCUACUAACAAUCACACCUCAUCCCCAUCCCCCAAUCAUACCAACAAGGUUGGUCCUGAGAAAGAGCCGGAUAGGGCAGACGACGUUAUGAUCGAGGAAGAUGAGGACACCGUUAUCUACUGA